UUUGGGUUGGUUGCUUCUAUUUUUUGGCAGAUCCGCAGUAAUCUGUUUAAUUUGACAUUUUCAAUUAAAUGGAAUUAAAAAGUGAGGUUACAUUAAAUUGGUGUUAGUCAAAAGGUAUCCACCAAUCGGUUAGCCAAAUUUGCAAAUAAUGGCAGUAAAUACAAUUCUCCUCGAUUUUUCGGUUGAUCCAAAUGUUGUGAAAAACAAUUCUUCGGUUUUGUCGACAAACAUAGAAAAUGUUUUGCGAGAUUUUUUAUCGGGUUUAAAAACUGUUAGUUGCUUUAGUCUGGACGGGAGCUCAGUGAAGAUUUACACCGCCGAACCUGGGAUCCUUCUAAAUUUAAGGAUUUACACUAGUGGAUUAGUUACCGUCAAUAUUGACUAUUUUAAGGGUGACAAACAGGAAGCGAUAUUAUCCUUCGAGCUAAGUAAAGUAUUUGAGCAAAAACUAAGCAUUGCCUUAGAUUCGUUUAGAUCAAAAAUGUUCCCUCCGGUUAAAAGAGGGGCUGCGAUAGACGUUUACUUAUCUAGUUCAGAUGAAAGGUUGUUGGAGUAUGAUAUCGACAGUUUGGUGUUUGAAGAGGCGACGCCUUUCCAAAAAGUUCAGAUAGUACACUCCAAGAGCCUAGGCAACAUGCUCGUACUGGAUGACUUGCAGAAUAUUGCCGAGUCGGAUCUGAUUUAUACGGAAACCCUCAUGCAGAGGGGCAAGGAAAAUUACAGAGAUGCCGAAAUUGUGAUAUUGGGAGGCGGAGACGGGGCGCUCUUGUAUGAAUUACUAAAAGAGAAGCCCAAGGAAGUAGUAAUGUUAGAAAUUGACGAAGUUGUGAUGAGAGCUUGCGCUAAAUACAUGCGUUCGAUAUGCGGCAACGUCCUAGACAAAUACAGCGGACCCAACUAUAAGAUAAUCGUAGGUGAUUGUAUGAAAUCUCUGGAGCAAUACAUCAAGGAGGAUCGUAAAUUCGACUAUGUCUUCGGCGAUCUGACAGACGUUCCUAUUUCUGACAGUCUGUCUGGGGAAUUGUGGACUUUUAUUAACAAAGUGCUGCAAAUGUCCUUUAAAGUGUUGAAGCCAAGUGGAAAAUUCAUGACCCAUUUGACUGGGACGUCAUCCCCUGACUGCAUCGAGAUGUACAAGUCUCAGCUGAAUAAGAUUCAGCCUCCCGUUACUUUUACCACUUCCAACGCUUUCGUUCCGUCAUUCUUAGAAGACUGGGUUUUCUGCCAAGUCAGUUUUGCCAAAAAGGCGGUCGAAUAACGUAGCGCGUUCUCGCGAGUUUUAGAAAAAGCCAGCCUUAUUUUUGAUAUAUUUGUUGAAAAUGCUUUUGGGAAAAUUUCUAGGAGAGUUUCUAAUCUCACUUUUUCUAGUUUUCUACUCUCGAAUGGCUUUGUAUACUGCUUCGUUAUGGUUCCAUUAUCAUUACGGAGUGACCCAAAUGAAACUAUCGUACCUGUUUGGAUAGGUUUUAAUUAUAGGUUUACAAUAUUGACAGUUGUGAUAGGAUCAAGUCUGAAUCUCACCAGCGGUUACCCUAGUCCGUAUUCACGUGUAUUUCCAAUGCAUUUUUCAGAAAUAUAUUUAAAAAUAUGGUGGCUAGAAUUUAGAUAUUGCUAUGUAGACCACGUAAGCUAGUAAAUGCCGUUUAUUCUAAGGACGGGCAGUACCUUCUCAGAUUUUUUUUGUCUGUCAUCCAACAGUGUGGCUCGUGGAACGUCUCGCAACAAACUACUUGUAAACGAAGUUCGUUUUCCCAUUUGGUAAUCGGGAGCUUGGAAAACACAGUUUUGAUUCGAUGUAUAAAAUUGGUUUUCCAGAAUUUGUUGUGGUUUCUGUAUGUGCUAAUUGUAGUUUUUUGUCAUAAUUUUGCCCUAAAAGAAAAAAAAUCUAAAGUAGCAUGGGAAUUAAAAACUGCAAGUUUCAAGAGUCAUGAAAUAUAAAAAAGUAUGGAAUGGUGGAUAUCUCUAAAUGCUUUUAAAUAUCGAAUAAAAAAGCUGCUCAAUAAAACCCAGCAUUCCAUCCAAUCCACCACUACACACAACACAACAAACCAAAAGUAUAGGAUUUGUCCGUUUCUGUUUGCAUACCCGGCAGAUGGCGCUCUAAUCGCAGAACAUUUUAAUUUUUGGUCAAUAAACAAAUCCGACUUAGUGUUAUCCAACCAGAUUAAAGUAACAUAUUGUUCGAAACCUGACAAUGAAAUGUUUUCAUAAAAGUUUAUAGUUUCUGAAUUUUUUUUGAAUUCUGUGUUUCUUCACAUUAGUAUCAAUUAGAUCACAGAAGAUAUAAUCUUGACCACACUUUACGGCAUGCAAAGAAUCUUCAAAUUUCUGAACUAAUUGAGGUUAUGGUGAAAAAAAAUGUAUAUAUUUUCCUUAAUAUGUGAUAGGGACUGAGGAUGACGACUAGGUUGAUAAGGCGUUGACCUGCCAACUCGAACUUGCCGGAGGUUGUGGGUUCGAUUUCCACCGGGAGCCUUGGGUGUUGUGAGCGUGUAAAAUUAAUUUACUCGUUGAAAAAUGGAAAAACCUGGGCAGCCGUCUCAUUGAAUUAAAGAAAAAAAAACAGUAUGUGAUAGUGUAUUCUUUCUCACAAACGAGCGAAUAAAUCCAAAAAAAUAAAUACAUUUCUCAAAAUUAAUUUUAAAAGUAGGUCAUGCCUAUUGUUUAUGACCAGAGAUAAAAAAUAAUUUCAAAUGUCUCAACUUGCUGACGUGUCUGUCACCAAUCAUUCUUCGUUGUUUUGUAAUAAAAGAGUCAAAAUGACUUAACCCCUAUUAUUAAUCAAUUGUCAUUUUAUUUGUUGUUUUUGUGUUGAUGAUGAGUCCAUUCGAUUUAAAAAUUUGGUGUGAGGUCGGUGGUUUGAAUAACAUUGAUUACGUCAUUGAAGCAUUCCCGGCUUCAACUAACCAAAAUUAUAUGUUGAAAUAAGAGGGAGGACUAACCUUGUUUAUAAUUUUAAUUUAAACAAAACUUCGCAGCGAGAAGCUCUUCAGUCACCUCAUAAUUUUCGUUUGCUAUAUGUUUUAUUUUGAACGCUUGGGUUGGAAGUUUGAUACGUAACAAACGGAAAGGUUUCUAAUACACACAAAGUGCCAUAUUGUAUUUCGAGUGCAUUUCUGUCGCAGUAUUCCUAUUGACCAAAGAGUUUCGCAAAUAAACAUUAAGUACGGGAUUGUUACUGGGAAGUUUUUUUUGUUGUGUCCCAAUUUAUUAUGUUACGUGUUACUAUCGAUUUGGGAAUAUAUUCUUCAUAAACAUAAUUUUGUUUAAUUUUAUUUGCACCAUUUUUUGAAACCUUGUGCUGACGAGUUAAGAAAGUAACCCUAUAGUGUGAUCCUAAUUGUGUAAUUGUGCUGGUAUGCUGUAACAAGAAAUCUAGUUGUUUAUUUCUAACAUCCUCACAAUCGAGCUUUUGCAAUAUUUCAAAAUAUUACUUUUUAUUUUUUCUCGAAUGCUGUCUUUAUUGACACGCAAAUGUGAUUUUAAAUGUUGAACUUUCCUUUAUAUCUAAAUUCA